GUGAAGUGCCCAAAGCCCAGAGCUAUUCCUGGAAGCUCAGCCCUUCCUCCUGCCCUGAGGAGCCAGACUGGUUUUUACUCAGCUGCCAUUUAUUGAGGAUUUGCUCUGUAUUGGGCCCUUGGCUAAAAGCUUGAUACACAGGAUCACAUUUAAUCUUCACAACAACCCUAAGAGGUAGGUCCUGAAGUUAUAUUUAUUUUAUACGUGAGGAAAUUGAGGCUCAGAGAGGUGAAAACUUUGUCCAAGUAGUGGCCCAGCUUGAGUUAAAGCACAGACUGCCUGAUUCAAAAGCCUGUGUGCUACGUGCUGUGCCCACGACCUGCUCAGCCCAUCCUUUAGUUAACAAACCUUUUCACAAAUCUUAAAUCCUUAUAAUCAAGAAAGUUCUUCCUAAUGUUCGCAAGUUGUCCUUUGUAUGUAUUUGGAAAUGGGGGGUAUGAUUUCAGUAAGUGACCUUUAAGUCCUGUCCAGCGCCAAAAUUCUGAGCCCCUUAUAUUGUAGGUAAAAAGAAAUUAACAGCCAUGAUGUUUCUCAAGAUCAGCUGUGGUAAUUUUGGAACUGCCUCAAAGUGUUUCUACCAUGACCUUGACUUUGUGGUCCCUUGUAUGGUUCAUGUUAAGAGACUCCUCCCAUUCCCUGCAAAAUUAGGCCCUGACAGAAACCACUGCUAAGUUGGGAUCCCACCUGCUGCUACAAGUGACAUUUGAAAGAAGGCCAGUUGAUACCAGACAGAGAUCAUUGUUAGGCCUGGCCAAACGAUCAAGUUGAAAAUUGAAGAAUGGAAUACCGGAACCUGACAGACCACUUUGGAAGAAGUUGGUUUGGCUUUGACUCUCAGCGUUCUCAUCUCUCCUCCUUCACCAUGAAGCUGAUGGACAAAUUCCACUCGCCCAAAAUCAAGAGAACGCCAUCAAAGAAGGGAAAACCAGCUGAGGUGUCUGUGAAGAUUCCAGAGAAGCCUGUGAACAAAGAGGCAACAGACAGAUUUCUACCAGAGGGCUACCCUAUUCCCUUGGAUCUGGAGCAGCAGACAGUAGAAUUUAUGUCCACCAGUGCUGUGGCUUCCAGGUCUCAAAGGCAGAAGAACCUGAGCUGGCUGGAAGAGAAAGAGAAGGAAGUUGUCAGUGCCUUGCGCUACUUUAAGACCAUUGUGGACAAAAUGGCAAUUGAUAAGAAGGUACUGGAGAUGCUUCCAGGGUCAGCCAGCAAGGUGCUGGAAGCCAUUCUACCCCUGGUGCAAAGCGAUCCUCGAAUUCAACACAGCUCCGCCCUCUCCUCUUGCUAUAGCCGAGUGUACCAAAGUCUCGCCAACCUCAUUCGUUGGUCUGACCAAGUGAUGUUGGAAGGUGUGAACUCAGAAGAUAAAGAGAUGGUGACAACUGUGAAGGGCGUCAUCAAAGCCGUGCUGGACGGAGUGAAGGAGCUGGUCAGACUUACCAUCGAGAAGCAGGGGCAUCCAUCUCCAACAAGCCCAGUGAAGCCCAGCUCCCCGGCCUGCAAACCUGACAGCCAGUCUGAGCUCCCCCUGACAGAUCGAGAGAUGGAGAUUCUAAACAAGACAACUGGGAUGUCGCAGUCGACUGAGCUGCUCCCAGACUCCAUGGAUGAAGAGGUCGCACCUCCCAAGCCCCCUUUACCUGGCAUCCGGGUGGUUGAUAAUAGCCCUCCACCAGCAUUGCCACCCAAGAAAAGACAGUCGGCUCCAUCCCCUACCCGAGUGGCUGUAGUGGCCCCCAUGAGCCGAGCUACCAGUGGCUCCAGUUUGCCUGUAGGAAUUAAUAGGCAGGAUUUUGACGUUGACUGUUACACACAGAGACGCCUGUCAGGAGGCAGCCACUCAUACGGUGGAGAGUCCCCUCGCCUUUCCCCCUGCAGCAGCAUAGGCAAGCUCAGCAAGUCGGACGAGCAGCUGUCCUCUCUGGACAGGGACAGUGGGCAGUGCUCCCGGAACACAAGCUGUGAAACACUAGAUCACUAUGACCCUGACUAUGAAUUCCUCCAGCAAGACCUCUCUAACGCAGACCAGAUACCUCAGCAAGUGGCCUGUAACCUUAGCCCAUUGCCAGAGUCCUUGGGGGAGUCUGGGUCUCCAUUUCUUGGCCAUCCUUUCCAGCUGCCUCUUGGCAGCUGUCCACAGCCAGAGGGGCCCUUGGCCCUGGGGCAGCAGACAGACACACCGCCUGCUCUCCCAGAGAAGAAGCGCCGGAGUGCAGCCUCCCAGACCACGGACAGCUCUGGCCGCAGGGUAUCCUACGAGCGGCACCCCUCGCAGUAUGACAACAUCUCCGAGGAUGACCUGCAGAUGCCAGCCUCAGUCCAGUCCAUCCCCUUCACACCCUUUGCUGCCAUUCUCCCCUUUCAGCAAGGAGGGUCCCCGGCCCCUGUCGAGUUUGUGGGUGAUUUCACUGUUCCAGAUUCAACGGGUGACCCAGAAAAACCACCACCUCUCCCAGAGAAGAAAAACAAACACAUGCUGGCCUACAUGCAGCUGCUCGAGGACUACUCGGAGCCCCAACCCUCCAUGUUCUACCAGACACCACAGAAUGAGCACAUCUACCAGCAGAAGAACAAGCACCUCAUGGAAGUGUACGGCUUCAAUGACUCCUUCAGCAGUGGAGACUCAGCGCAGGAGCUGGCCCCGCCUCCCGCUCUCCCCCCCAAGCAGCGGCAGCUGGAAUCACCAGCUGUGAAAGAUGGACAUCCCAAAGGUUCCUCGUCAGUUGGCGGUGCACCUGGGAAGGAAAACAGAGAAGGUGGUGAAAGGGCACCAAAGUCACCAGAUGCUCUGGAGGCGGCUCAGUCAGAGGAGGAAGUAGAUGAGCUGUCCCUGAUCGACCACAAUGAAAUUAUGGCAAGGUUGACACUCAAGCAAGAGGGUGACGAUGGACCAGACGUCCGUGGAGGGUCUGGGGAUAUCUUACUGGUCCAUGCUACUGAGACGGACAGGAAAGACUUGGUAUUGUACUGUGAAGCUUUCUUGACAACUUACCGAACCUUCAUCACCCCUGAGGAACUCAUCAAGAAGCUGCAAUACAGAUACGAGAAAUUUUCUCCCUUCGCCGACACAUUCAAGAAGCGUGUCAGCAAGAACACAUUCUUCGUGCUGGUGAGAGUGGUGGAUGAGCUGUGCCUAGUGGAGUUGACAGAAGAGAUUUUGAAGCUGUUGAUGGAGCUGGUAUUUCGACUGGUGUGCAACGGAGAGCUCAGCCUUGCCCGCGUGCUCCGGAAGAACAUCCUGGACAAGGUGGACCAGAAGAAGUUGCUCAGGUGUGCCAACUCUGACCAGCCCCUGGCAGCCAGGGGAGUAGCAGCCAGGCCGGGGACCUUGCAUGACUUUCACAGCCAUGAGAUAGCAGAGCAGCUGACACUGCUGGAUGCUGAGCUGUUCUAUAAAAUAGAGAUCCCCGAGGUUUUGCUUUGGGCAAAAGAGCAAAAUGAGGAGAAGAGCCCCAACCUGACCCAGUUCACUGAGCACUUCAACAAUAUGUCCUACUGGGUCCGGUCAAUAAUCAUGUUACAGGAAAAGGCCCAGGACAGGGAACGGCUGCUAUUGAAGUUCAUCAAGAUCAUGAAGCACUUACGGAAGCUAAAUAAUUUCAACUCCUAUCUGGCCAUCCUCUCUGCGCUGGACUCGGCACCCAUCCGCAGGCUGGAGUGGCAGAAGCAGACCUCAGAGGGCCUGGCCGAGUACUGCACGCUGAUUGACAGCUCCUCCUCCUUCCGUGCCUACCGGGCAGCCCUCUCGGAGGUGGAGCCUCCCUGCAUCCCAUACCUGGGGCUGAUUCUGCAGGACCUCACCUUUGUUCACCUGGGAAACCCAGACUAUAUUGAUGGGAAAGUGAAUUUCUCCAAACGGUGGCAGCAGUUCAACAUCCUCGACAGCAUGCGGUGCUUCCAGCAGGCGCAUUAUGACAUCCGGAGAAACGAUGAUAUUGUGAACUUCUUCAAUGACUUCAGUGACCACCUGGCUGAGGAGGCCCUAUGGGAACUCUCUCUGAAAAUCAAACCCAGGAACAUAACAAGGAGAAAAACAGACCGGGAAGAGAAAACCUAGGAGCAGGUGCAUGAGCGAGGAGAACGCUCAAGAGAGGCUCAGCGGGCAGCUCCGAGACCGGACGAGACUUUGGACCUGGUGAACGGCGGCAGUCCCUCUCCCUGCGCAGGCUGCAAGUGUCCGGGCCUCGGAGCCCCAGGCCCGGCCAGGCCUCUGGUGUGAUGACAGGGCUGGAGCCGGAACCUGCUGGCAGCUUCCCACUCUCCCUCCUCUGCAGGAGAAGACCCUAUGGCCCACAGAGGAGCCAACCCAGCAGGUGUUAGGACUGAUUUGUGAACUGGUGGUUUCCCAAUUUUUAAUUUUUUCUGCUUUCACUUCUCUUUCCCCUGUCUCCCUCCCGCCCACACCCCUCCAGCCCAGGAGCAGCACAGAUGGCAUAAGUGGGACGAGGGACAGCUUCCCUCAGCUGGCAGUCCGCGUGUGCCGAAGGGCGUGUGAGCAGAGGCUCAGCAGGGCCCCUGGGGCUAGCAGUCCUCCAGAUGAGCUAGGAUGGAGGGAGAUUUGGAGGUGGGCCAAGAGCAGAGAGGAUCGGGGGGGGGGGGGCCCUUUCCAUUCCUUGCUUUCUAAAAUGGAGGACGGUGUGUGCUUUCGCCUGGUCCAGAGAGGUAUGGCAGGUGGGGUUUCAGCAGCCCCUCACCAGGGUACUGGCUUUCAGAACUGUCCUGCUGCUCCUGUGGGGCGCUCCUUCGUGGGGCAGUGAACAGGGGCAGCCUGCCGCCUUGCUGCACCUUAGUGUCUCCCCCACCCCACUCCGCUGGACUCCUCCUCC